CGGUAACAUGCACCGAAACGAAGGACUCGUGUCAGAGACCGACCGUCUCGCCUAUCUGAGAGGCGAUUUCGCCAGGAGCAGCAGCCUACACACGCCGAGAUCCACGAGUAGCCCUUGGAGCGGACGUCGAAUUCUAUACAUCGAUGACCACGAGGGCUUUAGUGAUGUCGAGAUUGGGCCAUCGCCGACGUUUUCGUUUUCGAGCGAAUCGAAUGAUACCGUCGUUGUCGGCCGAUCGGAUUUCAACCUUGCGUUCCGUGUGUGGUGUGAAGAUACGUCUUACACGCAGUAUGAUGAAGCUCUGGGGUUCCGUGCUAAUCGGUACAUCGGCUGUGUGCAUGUCCCUGAUCCCAUAGAUCCCGAAACCCAGCCAGACUUGUUCUACAAUGAGGUUGCAAGUCACAUAAGCAAAACCGGAGGCGCGUCGUCCAGAUUCAUAAGUGUGGUAUCUUCAUUUAUUCAGCUUCUCAAGAUCGCCGAAGAAAAGGGAGAAAAUUCAAAGAUAGCCGCUAUAGAUCUUGAUAGGAUCCCGGAUAGGUCAGCAUACAGAGCAUAUGAUGUCGUAAAAGAGCUCAGAAGGAGAUCCUUGUACUCUUUCAGGUACUCAGCAAGUGCCGAAACCAUUAUCUACGGAGAGAUUCCCAAAGCAGCCAUCCUCGCUAUCAUCGACUUUUCAGAGUUGAAACGCCUGACACCUAAUUGCAUCGUGGACUUCUUGAAGCUCCCAAUCUUCGCCACAGGAUCGGUGCGAACGAUAGUACCCCAGCUUCGGGAAAUCGGGCACCACGUCGAUCCGAACUUCAGCUAUGCCUGUGGCAGCAUCUCACGCCUUCUCGGACUACAUCGAGAAGCCGCCUCUCUCUGUCACAUCCAAGAACUCGUUUCGUUCCUCGUAGAUGGAUGGAGCCUGGUCGUAGAGAGCGAUGCCGAGUAUCUGAAACUCUGUGCUGACGUGUAUACGCAGACGCUUUCGAGUACUAUGCACGACGCAUCGGACGUCGCGGAAGCGUUUAUUGCGGGAGUUAAAGGUGGUGAGGAGAACUUAAUGCGUUUUAGUGGUGGAUCUGGACAGCGGCGGUCUCGAAAACGAAGGAGAACUUCUUAGCAUCUGCAAUGCAUG